GCCCUCCCGCCCACUAACAGAGCCCUGCCCAAAGGCAUCAUAUCUUCACCCCAAGGAUUACGACUAACCUCACCAUAAUGUCUUUGGAUCCUUGUGCCGCUUGUUACUUGCGAUGGAUACAUAAUUACGAUACUCCGCUCGCGAUAGCAGCUUUGUGCUGAGAACUUUCAGUGCCCGACAAUAAAGCCCCCCCUCCGACUUACGACUACGCUGGAAUCGUGGCCUGACCGGUUGCAUUAUUCGCUCUGCCGGCACCCCCCUGGAGCGUCAUCGACCUAGGGACAUCCAUCUCAUCGCACGGGCAUUUCUCCCGAGAAUUUGAAGGUUGUGUGAAGGGCGUGAAUCUCCAAGAUGGACGGCGUUGAUACUGUUGAUGUGAGCUGGUUGCAUCAUUCCCAGAAAGAUAACCUUGUCCGAACCAAGUCUGCAUCCUCUCGACCGUCUCCCAAGGCCACCCCUCUCCCACUGGCCCCGGCCGCGGAAGGGACCCCGAAACCACAGCAGGGAGGAGAGGUCAAGGACGGCACAUCCCCGAGUUCGACCGCCAAAAGUACACCGAUCCUCGUUCGCCAGUCUUCCAAAUCAAAGAAAGAUAAAGAUGCUCCGACUCCAAUUGACACUAAACCGUUGCCACCCUCGCUUACAACUCCUAUCCCGAUUGGCCAUAAGCCUUCGAACGCGAGGCCUACCGCUUCGAGACGAAAUUCAUGGAUAUCUAAUUUGAGCUCCAAGUUCAGCUCCGGCUCAACGCCUCCCGCGCAAAGCCAUAUGAAAGACGCCCCCAGCAAUUCCAGAUUGCAAGCACACAGCCCACGUACGGAGUCACUGAACCCGUUCGGAGCUGCGUAUUCACCAAAGGAUAGCGAGAGGGAGAUUCAGUCAGGCUCGUUCGGCUCCCACUCCCCCAAGAAUCCUUCGUUCUUUCAUAAUGCGUUUCGCAAACUUGCAUCUAGCGGUGGUGGAUUGGGCCGGACGGCCGCCCAUGGAGGGUCUAUCUGUGAACGCCGGGUCAUGAAUAUCGAUCGCGAUCGCGAUAGGUGCAAGAUUCCGGAAUUAAACCAGGCAAAACUACGUCGCGUUGCGUUUUGCGUUGAUGUUGAGAUAGCUGGGGUCUCUCGCCGCGCUGACUCCGACGAAGAUAUCAAAUCAAAGGCUGGGAAAAGUCAGGUGAAUGGAACCGAGUCAAGCAAGUCCAGUCAAAAGAAGGACGCCAAGGUAGCUGAAAAAGCUGAAGGUGUGGCUCUUAAAGCUGCACAACAUACACCACCCUCUCCGUCGUUAAGUGGAAUGGAUGACACCGGACCAGUACAAGAUGGUUGGGGCAAGUCUCCGGCCAAGGAAAUGACAAGAAAACAAGAAAAGAAGAAGAAGUCGGAAGAAGAGCGCAAAGAACGAAAAGAACGAAAGCGGCGACUGGCAGAGGAGAGUGGCAGUGUUCCUCUGCAUUUUGACAUGAGCGACCCUGGAAACUCGUCAUCUCCACAUCGCUUCCAACGUGGUCAAGAUCAGCCGACCACGGAUCCUGUGAGAAUCUAUCGCCGUUGCUGCCAGCUGCGAGAGACUGGUAUACUGAAAAAGCUUGUUGAGCAAAUCUCCUCACCCUCGUCCUCCCUUGCAGAAUCUCCGGGCACUGUUGGCGUCCUAGAUCUUACUGGAUUCGCAAUGUCCUUUCAGGACAUUGUUACCUUCAGCGAUUGGCUUGCGAUUGUACCUGUCCGCAAGUUGAUACUACAGGACUGCGGGCUAACUGACGAGGCCGUUCGGGUUAUUCUGGCGGGUUUAUUGUCUACAAAAACCGUUGAAGCCGCCAGACUUGCAAGAGGCUCUAAACGCAGCAAAAAGACAGAUAGGCUAGUGAAAGAGGAAAAGUUUGGCGCAAUCGAGAAACUAUCGUUGAAGGAUAAUCCCAAAAUCGGCCCUGAGGGCUGGCGCCAUGUAAGCCUUUUCAUUCACAUGUCUCGCUCGCUCAGGGGAAUCGACCUCUCCGGAAUCCCGUUCCCGUCACCACCACCGCCAAGUAACAGCCCGACAUCCGUGUCGAGGCCUACCGGUCCGUCUGCCAGUAUUGCGACAGUGUUUUCUCGGGCGCUAGCAGAACGACUUGCGAAGAAUCGUUUGGAGGAACUUGUUAUUAGCGAAUGCUGUCCUUCCACCGAAGAUCUGGAGAAGAUCUGCGAUGCCGCCAAGACUAUCGGUCUUCGAAGGCUUGGCCUUGCAAACAAUAAUUUAACAAGGGAGGGUCUUCGGCACGUCAUUAAAUAUUUCAAUGCUGGACAUUGCGAAGGUUUGGACUUGGGUGGCAACGACCUGAACGACCAUUUGGACCUGCUCACCGCUGCGUUCCAAAAGACUAUUCCGCUCACAGCGCUCAGUUUAGCGGAUUGCUCACUCGUUCCCAAGACUCUCGCCAAUCUCCUUCAAGCGCUGAUAGUAUUGCCUAAUUUCCGAUUCAUCGACCUAUCGCAUAAUCAAGAACUAUUUACUAUACAACCCGACUCCCUUGCAACUUUACGGCGAUACCUACCGAAGCUCCCAGAACUGAGACGCGUGCACCUUGCUGAUGUAGACCUUACUUCCGAGAAAGCAAUAGCUAUAGCUGAGAUUUUGCCCGAUUGCCCCAAGCUUUGCCAUAUCAGUGUCCUUGAAAAUUCGGCGAUCGAGGCAUUAGCUGCCGCCAAGGAUGCUACUACCCAAGAAGAAGCCUGUGCUCUUUACGCCUCGUUCAUGGCUGCAGUUCGAGUAUCAAAGACUAUGAUUGCAGUGGAGAUUGACGUUCCUACAGCGGACAAUAAUGAAAUCGUCAAGGCGCUAGCUUCGCAGAUAGUCGCUUAUUCCCUCCGUAACCUCGAAAGGGGCGAACUUGCGGAACAGCUGUCAUCCGCAGCAGACGGCCAAAUCUCAGAGAAAGACGCUGUCCCAAUUCCAGAUGUCCUCGCCCAUCUUGUUGGCCAUGGCGAUAAUGAAGAAGCUAACGGUACCGUUGACGACGCGAAUCUUGCCCCUGACGAGGAUUAUGUAAUUGGGGGUAGUGGCGUCGUGAAAGCUUUGGGAGUUUGUUUGGGAAACACAGAUUACGGUGGAGUGGAAGCCAUUGGCGACCUGUCCCCUCCACCCAGCGGCGCAUCGACCCCGCUGCGUCGUCUCAGCCAUGUCCGUGUUAAUAAGAAACCGCGAGAUAUGUCCAAGAAUCUUCUAAAUGCAGCGAGAAGGAUACGCGUGCGGUUGCAGCCGGCUCUUGUUCGUGAAGACAAGGCCGGCAAUGAUUUGAAUUAUCGACGUCUUCUAUUCCUUGAUGGCACGCUGCAAAGAAUGAUUCAGCGGUUUGAAGACGAAUUCCCGGAUACACGUCUCCCAGCCGAGAUGAGUUCGGGUACAGAUGCCGGCCCUGCUACUGAAUUCUCCCUCCCGUCAUCCGACCAGGCCGAUAAGAACUCCGACGUUGACGAAGGAGCUGGCUUGUGCCAGAGCCCAGAGAAUGGCGUCAUUGAAAACGAUGACGCCGAUAGAUAUGCCGUCCGCUUAUCGCGUACUAGUUCCAACACGUCUCUCCACUCUCGGGCCUUGACCUCCGAAGAAGGCCGUGUGCUUCGCCUAGGGCAACGUCUGAGUCACGACGUGCUCAACUCUGAACUAGACAAUGGCGAUGGAACCAUCUCACGAUCGCCGCCGAACAUCGCUGAGCUGCAGAAGAAACUGGAACAACUCCGCAGCAGCGAGUCCGAUCCGCAAUUGGCACUACAUAUGCGCGAGGGUUCGUACGAGGGGCAGUCUCUCCGAGGACUGAGGUCCGCUAGCCUUGAAGACCUGGUGGAGUUGCAGAGACAUGACCCCGAUGCUCUUGCGGAGUUCAAGGAGGACCAGAUUGUGGCGUUGAUCAAUGCAGGUAUAAGGAGUCGUGGGGAUUGAACAAGAUGCUGGGAUGAGUUGGCGGCAGUGAAAUUCUCUUUCUUCACUCUCUAUAUUGGUGACUGGUAAAAGGGGUUGUAGGAAUCUUGUGUAGGAUGAUUUAUGAUUGCUUUUAUGUGCCUAGUAGCACUGAAUUAUUACCCCCUCCUUUUUUCCUUUUUUUUUUUUUUUUUGGUUCCUGCUUAUGGAUUGGUGCAAGCAGUCAUGCCUAGCUAUAGUACCUCUUUUUUGGCAUAGGCUUUUUGUGUGAGCGUGGAGCUUAAUUUAUGCUCCUUUUAGCUGGCUCCUUUUAUGGCUUUUGAUGCUUGGUCAAAAAGCAUACUGCGCCUUCAAAUUGAUGUCCUUCAGUAGGGCUGAUACA